CAGGUGCGGCGACAGGAAGUCUACAAAAAUUCCUCCGCGCGUCAUUCGGUCCCAGUGUUUUGAUGCAUAGAUAGAGAGAAAAACGUGGAUUAAAAUGCAUUUGAAACAAAACGCGCACAGCCUCGGAGUGCUGCUCCUCUUUGUUUGUACGUUCACCUCCGUGGGAUGGUGUGACUCCUUCCUAACUCCUCCUGAGGCUCUGCACCGCCUCCAGCCCGGGGCGGCGGCGGCGGACACCGACCUGCACGCGGCCCCUCCGCGUGGUGUUUCGGAGGAGAUGAUGAACACCUCCUCAGGAGGAGCGGGGCAGAAACUUAAGCUGAAGCUGGUCUCCUCUGUCAGGAGCUCGUUCCUCAGGAACCGCUACAGGAGGAGGCACACCGAAGGAGAGUGGUUGUUCGCAGCGCAGACUCCCCCCUCCCUGAACUGCAGCGCGGGGCUCGUCAGUCACGUGGUCCCCGGGAAGUUCUACAUCUCCGGGCAGCUGGAGCAGACCUUCCAGCAGCGGGGUUAUCAGUCCGACUCUGCUGGUUCAGGAAAAACUCGGGGAACCCCGGCCAGGGUCAGAGGUCAGGAGGAGAGCUGGCAGAAGCUGAUGCCGGUUGUGGAGUGUGGAGAGGAGGCCAUGACCCUCACUGUCAGGAGGAGGCGGGCUGUGCAGUUAUUCCUGGACCGAGCAAACGAGUCCUCCGUGGCGUUGUUCCAUCUGCCGCCACACUGCGGUUAUGCAGUCCAGACCAACUGGAGGGACCUCAGCCUGAUGGCUCGGUAUGACGCCUGUCACAUCAGUCUGGAGGAAGGCCGCUACGUGCUGCCUUUGCUCUGGAAGGGAACUCCCAUCAAAGUGUCCUGUCCGGUGUCUCAGCUGAAGCUCCUGGCUGUGCGUCCCUCCUCCCUCUGCUGCUCUCCAUAUGGCAUGACUGUCAGAGUAGAGGAAGUGCUCAACGAGGAGGAGCCGAGCAUAAAUGUGAGGGGAGAGUGGACGCCUCUGGUGCUGCUGGCUGAGCAGUGCGACUACACUCUGGACAAAGAAGAUGGAGAGAUCGUCAUUGCUGUGCCGUUCCUCGCUUGUGGCAUCACAAUAAAGGAUGGGAAAUACACACUUUCUCUCCAAACGGGGCCAAGGAUCUACACGCUGGCCUGUCCCGUCUCCCCGCCUGAAGGUCUUCUCUUCACCCAUCAACCACUGGCUGAUGGCUCUCCCCAGUUUAGCAGGAGGCCAGCUAAACCCCUGCUGGAGUCCCUCGGGCCGAUGUCAUGGAUUCAACCUUUCUACUUGGCUCCCCCUUACUACCCCCACCCGACGUUUCACUCAAACGUUCCUCCUUCUCCGCCAUCGUUUGGUCCUAUUCCCUCUGAUUUAAAUCUGGAGCGCCAUCCUCACCAGAUUUUUCCUGAAGAAGCGUACGAGUCCUUCAGGAGUAACAGACCUUUUUUGUCUGGCGAUCAUAUGAAGGAUUUGACUCAGAAACUUCCAGAUCAAAAGCAAACACCAGAAUCUCCCGUAUUUGAUUCAAACAAACCCAGUGCAGCUGCUGGGGGUUUUCCUUACCAAGUCCAAGUCCAGACUUCUGAUUCUCCAAGUCAUGACUUCAGUCCUUAUUACCAUUUCUACCAUCACCCCAAAAUACCUCUUCCUGGUUCUCAAGACUCCAGUUCUGGACUGGAGUUCUCCACUAACCCCCACGGCUUUAGAUUUCCUGCUGUUUCUGACGUUCAGCAGGGUUACGAUGCUUCUCCACCCAAAACACCCCCCUAUCCUGACACUAUCCCCAUCAAAUAUAAACCUCACCCUCCGUACUCCUCACAUUUCUUUCCAUACUAUUUAUACAACUAUCCCCCCACUGCAAGAGGAGAAGCCAGGAGACUGGGUCUGAUAAAUCCUCACAUGGUUGCAAACGUGUCUUACUUCCACACAUACUAUGACAAAAGCAGCAUAAAUGCUCGCAUUAAGCAGGCAGACACGGACCAAAUAGAGGACUUCAACUCUAAACCAAAUCUGGAUGAGAGACGCGUUUCAUCUGUCACUCCUGCCGCUCAGCCUCCAGUCCCGCAGAGAUACCCCCCCAAACCAAAGCUUGCUGCUGUUCCUCUUCCUGAGCAGUCUUCUGCCCCCUCCGUCUACCACCCUAACCCUUACCAGUACUUCUACCACCCCUUUUACGGCUAUUAUCUCUAUUAUCCCCCUGCAGCUUUGUCUGGUACGGUCAGUCACGUGUCUGCAGGAGCUCCAAAACCUUUUCAACAAGCUUCAUCCUUCCCUAAACAUCCAGCCUCUUCUUCUCCUUCUGCCCCCCUGUUGCUCCCUUACUAUUAUUACUACUUAAAUCAGCCUCAAGUGUCCAAAUACAUCCAGGGACUGUAUUCACCUGGCAGUAAAGAUCCAUCUGGAUCUCCCUUUGCCUCAAGCGCCGACUAUGGUUGGAUAUUUUCUCCUUCAUCUGACAGGAGGAUUCCCAGCGCUCCUCUGGCGCCGCACAAUGCCUUACAAAGCUAUUAUAUGAACCGACAUCCACUAGGACAGCCCAGUGGAUACACCAGAGAAAAGGAGUAUAACCUAAUGAGAGACUAUCUUCUCAGAACCAAUCCAUACUCUCCUGCUGUCCCACUUUGUGCCUUUGGACUCCUGAUGGACUGCACUCACCUAAGCUGCUGCUCACACAUUUUAAAGGACGGCACUCCAGAGCAGUAUUUUGUCUUUGCGGUUCCUGAUUUUGUUCUGGAGCCCUCGCUGCUGUCUGCUGGACACAACACGUCCUGCUCGCCGCAGAGACUGACCUCCGAUCUGGGUAUCUACAUCGUUCCUCUGGACGGCUGUGGAGUGAAAAAGCACAUGCUCGGUCACACAGUGGUUCAUCUUCUGAAAGUCCACGGCAUGGAGUCAUCUAAGGAAGGCAAGGCUGCAGAGAAAUCUCCUGUGAGGAUGACGGUGGGAUGUAGCUCCUCCCCCUACACUCCAGGUGAAGUGAGGUUCCACAUGAUGGAUGAGCCUCCACUUCAGACCCCUCCUCCUCCUGUCACCGUGUUGCUGAAACUUGCAACAGAUGAAUCUUUCACGAGCUUCUACCCUGAAGCUCGCCUCCCUCUGAGCCUCGUGCUGAGUAAGCCGGUUUAUGCCGAGCUGAGCCUGCUGGAACCGUCAGAACCCAGCAUGCUGCUGUUGGUUCACUCCUGUUUGGCUUACACCCUGGCUCCAUAUCUCAGCUGGAUGCUCUUAUACGACGGUUGUCCCAAACAGGGAAUUUCGCAGCUGCUUCCUUCCCCAGACUCCCGCCACAUUAAGAGGAUGAAAAUCACCGUCCUCCCCUCGCUGCCCAUGGGAAGCUCCUCCCACUCUGCUCAGAGGAGGCUUGCUUUGCUGGAGGACCCAGAGGUUUACUUCUUAUGUACGACAGAAGUGUGCUCUGCUGCUUCAGGUGACUGCAGUCUGAGCUGCAACCAGGCCCAACAGUGAUCCGUGAAUAAAGACACUUUUACACAAAUG